AUGUCGUUCUCUGAAGCAGAGGUGCAAAGUGCCCGUGGUGCCUGGGAGAAGAUAUAUGUGGAUGCUGAGGACAACGGGACAGCCGUGCUGGUCAGGAUGUUUACUGAGCACCCAGACACCAAGUCCUACUUCACACACUUCAAAGGCAUGGACUCCGCCGAAGAGAUGAAACAGUCGGAUCAGGUCAGGGGCCACGGCAAGAAGGUUUUCACCGCCAUCAAUGACAUGGUGCAACACCUGGACAACUCUGAGGCUUUUCUUGGCAUAGUGAACCCGCUCGGCAAGAAACAUGCCACCCAACUCAAGAUUGACCCCAAAAACUUUAGGAUUAUCUGUGACAUUAUCUUGCAACUGAUGGAGGAGAAAUUUGGCGGAGACUGCAAAGCUUCUUUUGAGAAGGUGACCAAUGAAAUCUGCGCUCACCUGAACAACGUCUACAAAGAGGCGGGUUGGUGA